UCUGUCACUGAGUUUUAUAUAAGAGGACUCAUGGCUUUUGUGGCUGAAAUUGUGCUUUUUGUUGUAACAUGCUUUAGUACAUUGUCAGCUGAAGAGUCCCCUUGCACAAGCAGUAGCACUGCCAAGGUCUUUUCCUCUAAUGAAGCCAAUAGUACUGACACAACCUAUGGCUUUGUGGCAUGUGUGUUUGCAAUACUGCUAUAUGGAAGUAAUUUUGUUCCUGUUAAAACGAUAGAUACUGGAGAUGGAAUGUUUUUCCAGUGGGUAUCCUGCUCGGCGAUAUGGUUUGUUGGACUGGUCGUUGACAUUUUGUUUCACCCAUCUAGAUCCCAUCCUGCAGCUAUGCUCGGGGGAGCAAUUUGGGCCACUGGAAAUCUAGCCGCUGUGCCAGUUGUGAAGUUUAUUGGCCUUGGACUUGGAAUUUUGCUUUGGGGAUCCAGUGGACUACUGAUUGGAUGGGCAAGCUCAAGGUUUGGUUGGUUUGGGUUGCAUCCAGAGGAUGUAUCUAAACCCAUACUCAAUUAUUGUGGAGCUGGCCUUUGUUUGCUCAGUGCCAUCAUAUUCUUCUUUGUGAAAAGCGAUGUUCAGAAACGUUCCUCUGCUGAAGCCAUGCCUUUGUUGAUUGAUGACAGGAGGUUAAACCCUGACAACACAAGUUCCAGGGAUUCAUGGGUGGACACGAUUUCACCAAGGAGCAAGAGAGUGUUUGGGUGCAUCUUGGCCAUAUUUGCUGGCGUCCUUUAUGGCUGUUCUUUUGUGCCCGUAUUUUAUAUUAAAGUCCAUGCCACAACCAAUUCCAGUAUGUUCAUAGGAUCCAGUCAGAAUGAAACUGACUACUGCUUUGCCCAUUACAGUGGAAUUUUCCUCAUGAGCACGGUGUAUUUUCUUGCUUACUGUGCAGCCAUGAAGAACAGACCUCGGAUAUACCCCAGAGCUAUCUUACCUAGUUUCUUAAGUGGCUUGAUGUGGGGAAUAGCCACAUAUGCCUGGCUUAUGGCAAAUUACUACCUUAGUGCAGUGAUCACAUUCCCUAUAAUUAAUGCUGGUUAUGGUUUAGUGGCUGCCCUGUGGGGAAGUGUUGUAUUUAAAGAGGUCAAAGUAGGGACUCGGGAAUCUGCUGAUGUUUGUUUUGGCAACUUGUGUCGUCGUAGCUGGCUCCAUCCUAACAGCUUAUUCGAAGCUUUAAGUCUGUGCAUGAUAUUACCACACGGUGGCAAUGGCGGAUAAGUCUUCUGUCAGUCCAAGUCUUAUCACCUUCAGUAUUCAGUGGCCCUUGGUCUCAAAUGUUCUUAUCCACAUUGCUGUGAAAAUGAGUUCUGUGUUCUGUACCUUCACACACUUUUUUGAUUUAAAAACAGGUCCCCCUUCUGACUACAUGUUUUUGUGCAUUUUGUAUGCAACGGUAUUAUCCUGUGCUCUAAAUAAAAAAGCAGUUUUCUAAUCUGCUGCUUUAUUUGAAAUCACAUUACAUGUUUCGCAAUAUUCAUACCGAAAGAUUGUUUUACAUUUGAAGUUGUCAGAAUAACUU